AUGAGGUGUCUUCUGUUCAAUGUAUUGCUGCUAAGUUUCUUGUUGUAUGAAGUUAGCUGUUCUAUGAAAGGAGAAUGGAGGGAGUUUAAGCUUCGCUACAAGAAAUCCUACGAGUCCAAGAAGGAAGAGCGCCUCAGGUUCAAGGUCUUCAAGGAGAACAUGAAAGCAAUCAGAAAGCACAAUAAGCGUUUCAAUAGGAAGGCUGAGCUAUUUGAAAAGGGCAUGAACGGUUUUGGAGACCUCACGCCUGGCGAAUUUGAACAAAGAUACGGCCUGUUCAGUCAACCUCACGAGCAGAAUUUUGACCAGCCGAAUCCGUAUGGACGCAACGUUUCGACCCCAGGAGUAGUCAGCGGCGUGCCUGAUCAGGUUGACUGGAGGGAUAAGGGUGCUGUUACGCCGGUCAAGGACCAAGGGCCUUGUGGGUCCUGUUGGAUCUUCAGUGCGGUGCAGGUAUUAGAGAGCUACCACUUCCUGAAAACAGGCGAACUGGUUUCACUUAGCGAGCAGAACGUCGUCGAUUGUUUCUCCGAUGACACCUGCGAUGGAGGCAACCCACAAGACGCCUUCAACUUCGUCAGAGAACACGGCAUCAAUCGGGAAUCCGACUACCCCUACCAGCAGAAAUGGGGACAAUGCCACCCAUACGAGAACAAAACCCUCAACAUAACCUUCGACAGCCUAAAAUACAUCGAGAGCUCCGUGGAUCCCGAGAAACAGAUGAAGGUGGCCGUUGCUAAGCAUGGCCCAAUGAGCAUCUGCAUGUACGUUACUGCCAAGUGGCAGUUCUACAAGAGUGGGGUGUGGUACCACAAGAAGUGUUCGGAGAGAACUAAUCAUUCCAUGAUGCUGGUGGGAUAUGGUACUGAAAACGGACAGGAUUACUGGCUGAUCAAGAACUCUUGGGGUACUCACUGGGGUCUGGAUGGAUACAUCAAAGUGAUAAGGAACAAGCAUCCGAACUAUUGUGGGAUGACAAGUGAAUCUGUGUUUUUGAUAUAG